AUGGCGACCACCAAGAAGAGGGAGAUGGUGUUCUUCGACGUGGAGGCUGCGCAGUCCCCGUCGCUGCCCGGUGAGUGCAGCCUGCUGGAGUUCGCCGCCAUCCUCGUCUGCCCACGCCGCCUCGUCGAGGUCUCCAGCUACUCCAUCCUCAUCCGCCCGGACGACGCCGGCGCCGACGGUGGCGUCCUCUCCGCCUCCUCCAGCGCACCCUUGUUCGAGGACGUCUUCCCGGACAUCUUCGAGCUGCUGGACGGCCGCGUGUGGGCAGGCCACGGCAUCCUGCGCGCCGGCUGCCCGCGCAUGCGCGAGGCCUUCGCCGCCUUCGGCCUGGGCGCGCCGGAGCCCGUGGGCGUCGUCGACUCGCUCGACGUGCUCCUCGCGCAGGGCGCGCAGGGGUGCUUCGGGCCGGCCGCCACCGGGGACGACAGCCAGGAGGAGGACGAGGAGGCGGCGGCCCUGGCGGAGCACUUCGGGAUCGGUGCGCGGCGGACGCGGGGGCUCCGGUGCCUGGACGGCGCGCGCGUGAGCCUCGAGGUGCCGGGACACCACAAAGGAAUGGAAUUUUUCCACGGCGGCAGCGGCCCCCCGCGCCCGCGCGGGGACAGCGGUGGUGACAACAAGGGCCAAGCGCGAGGAGGAUGCGGGGCGGCAAGCUCGGCGGGUCCGGCGCAGCUGGACGUCGUCGGCGAGGCGUUCUGUCCCCUCCCCUUAAAGGGCCCGCCAUCGAUGAAGGCCGACAAGGCCGGCUUCAAGGGCCCGCAGGAGGCGCAGCACCGCAUCCGCAUCACCCGCAGGAAGCGCAGCACCGCAUCCGCAUCACCCAAGCGUCAAGAACCUCGAGAAGGGUGA